AUCGUCUUCGGCAAUCUCGUUUCCAGGCAUUAUUUCUCGCGGGUUUUCGCCAAUUGCCUUAACGUUACCACGUGUGUUUCUGUCUUUGCAAAUAUUUCUGCGUAUAUGCAAAUAAAAAUACAAAUAUCGUUAUGGCAGAAGAUUUUGCGCCAGGUUCGUCGCCUCAAAUCACACACGAAAACAAAAAUUCACAAAGAGCGAUUGAGUUACUAAACGAGGCGACGAUGUUGCUCGUUUCUUCUAACACUGACAGCCCAACAAGCACGUCUACCGCGGCCACACCGUCAACUAUGCCGUCAACAACGUCGCCUUCCACUACGUUGCCGUCAAGUACGCCACCAUCAACUACGCCACCGUCAACGCUACAACAUCUACGUACUAUAUUUUCACCGUAUGCCCGAACAAGAAUAUCCCCGGCUUCGGCUUACCAACGCGCUCAACGCCCGAAAACGAUCAGCUAUAAACCGUAUUACGCGGUCAAAGAAACUUGGACUCAUGAAUUUUUUUGUCUUAGUGAAAAAAAUCAGACCAAUGUUCCUUCCAGAUCUGAAAAAAUACAGUUGCAAAAUUGUGGUCUCGGUCGCAAGAAAUUAUGCCUCCCGUCAAAAGCAGACCACUCAAAGCUGGAAGAAAAGCUACUGGAAGUUUAUCCAAAGUUGUCAGAAGCAGGUGGCUUUCAAAUUCUCCGCACGGGAUCAAGAGGUCACAGUAGCUCCCUUACUGUAAUUCAACCUCCGCCAACGGGGUAUUCGGUUCCCUUUUUGAGGGAUUCUUCUGGACUUGGUCAAGCACUUGCUUAUAUAAGGCCAUUGCAGAGAAAUCUAAGCAAAAUUUUCAAUCAAGCGGAAGAGAUUAAUCUUGAUGGGGAUGAUGUUUUAAAAAUUGAAUGUGUAGACUGUAAGGCAAAGGUUCCUGUCCUAAAAUGGGCCCAGCACAGCCAAGAGUGCCCUGGUGGACCAUCCAGUACUGUUGACUUUAGCACAUCACCAAUGCAGCCUCAAGUAUUUGCUAAGACAUCUUCAGAUUCUGGCAGCAAUGUUCUUCAAGUAACAGAUGAACCUGGGACAAGCAAGGCCAUCACUGAAGUUAAGAAAUUAGAGGAUCUUUUCCCAAAUAUUCGGAAAGAACUGAUUACAAAACUUUACAAUGCAUCAAAUGGUGAUCUAAGUUUAGCAGCAUCACAGCUGGCUGAUUUAAAAGAUGUAGAAGAAGUUUUGGGGAGUGAUGAAGAUGAUGAAAUUUUUAUUACAGACAACUUAAAUGAAGGAGAUUCCUUAGAGUCUUAUUUGUCAAGAGUUGUCAAGGAAAGGCGACAUCAAUUAAUCUCAGUUAACCGCAAAUCAACAACAUUCCUAGCUGAUCAAGUCAAAUUGCAUAAAAGGGGACUGGAAAUAUGUCACAAGCCAGAUGUUGAAUUCAUUGGUGAAGAAGGAAUGGAUGCGUCUGGUCCUACAAAGGAAUAUUUUCAUCUAACAAUGCAAACAUUGAUGUCUGGUGACUUGCGAAUCUCUAUGUUCGAGGGGAAACCUGACCAUCUCUUACCUUUGCACUCCACUGAAGCUGUUGAGUCUAAUCUAUUCUUUUAUGCAGGAAGAAUGAUAGCCCAUUCAUUUUUACAUCAAGGAUUCCCAUUCGUAGGAAUGGCUAUGCCAGUUGUUACCUAUAUCAUAACAGGCUCAAUUGAGGAAGGAAUUCCCCAAAUUACAUUUGAUGAUCUACCUGAUUUGAUCAUCAAAGAUACCCUUCACAGGGUGAUGACUGCGGAUAAAGAAGAGUUGGAAAUGUUGACCAUGUCUGAUGAAGUUAUGAACCUUCUUCUUACAAGCGGGUUUGUCAACAAGUUGCUUACCCUUGAAAAUAGACAAAAGGCUGUUCAAGAUAUUUUGAUAUUUUACGUUUUGAAAAUGCGGAUUGCAGAGUUGAAUGAUAUUCGAAGGGGUAUGAAUUCUGUGGGGUUGGCAACAUUCCUGAAAGAAAACCCGAUCCACAUUAGUAAAGCGUUUUCCUAUCAGAAGGAAAUCAAUGUUGUUCCUGAUGACUUGCUUAAGAAAAUAAAAUUGAAGUCAGACCUGAAGGAGCUCAGUGAAGAGGAAAAUAAAUCACUGUGUUGGUUUAAAAGAUACAUUAAUGAAGUUCUUAAAGAUUCACAAACAGAUUCCCCUCACCAAGCGACCUUGGAGAAGCUGGUGCAGUUUAUCUAUGGUGACCCACUACCACCAACAAAAUCAUUAACUGUUAAAUUUGGCAAAAAGGAAGUAAAGUUGCCAGAUGUUGAUUCCUGUACUGCAAUCAUCACACUCCCAACCGCUCACAACAAUUAUGAAGAUUAUAAGAAAGCAUUCGAUUCAACACUUUCCUACAAGCUGGAUAUGGAAGAAUAUAGAGAUAUGUGA